CUCUCUCUUAUCUCGCCGCCUACUUUAUGACGCUUGUGAUUGUCAAUAACAAAAAAAAGUUACAAAAAUUAUGUGUAAAAAACAUAAUUAACUUAAUUCGUCUAUUAAAAGCCAAAGGACAAAGUGAAUUCUCGGAGCAUCGUUCUUUUUAAUGUUUUAUCGUGUGUGGGGUACACGCUAAAAACGUUCGUUACUGUUGACAAUCUGUGUGACAACUGACAAUGGCCGAGACGGAGCAGCCCAUCGAGGGCUUCAUCUGCCCUAUUUGCAUGACGGAUUGUAAAACGCCGACUCUGUUGACCAAACACUUUGAGGAUUAUCACAAGGACGAUCCGGAAAUAUUCAGAUCUCUCAAAGGUCUGUUUGGAAAAGCUAAGAAAAAAAUAUUGAAACAAGAUGAAAUUCCAGAUUACUCUAGUCCAAUUUUAGCCAAGAAUCAAAGAAGUAGAGAAGAAAUCGAUUGGGGACCGCAAGAAAUUGGUGGAAUAAGAUCGCACACCAAGUACUUUAAAGAAGUGAGAAAUACAAGGCUGGAAAGAUAUGCCUCAGAAACUAACAAGCUCAUCAUAAGACUGGACAAACUCCUAAGCAACAUACCAAAUGAUCCUGUUGAGAAAAAAGCUCGUGAGCGAGAUAUCGUGCCCUGGAUGGACGACAAAGACGUCAGGCUGUGUCUCACGUGUGCAAAAAGUUUCAACUUAACCAGAAGAAAACACCACUGCAGAUUAUGCGGCGUUAUGAUGUGUCACGACUGCAGUCUAUUUUUAUCCCUCGCUGAAGCUCGAAGAAUGACAAGUCCAGCAACCGUCCAAGACGACUCCGCUCUCUCACCAACGAUCGAAUCCAAGCGUUUCUCUGAUCGCCUGGUACAGGCAGGAUUUGGUCUGAAAAAACUCGCCCGAUCCCCGUCCGGUGGUAGUCUUAACAGCGUUUUGUCUAUUAUGACCGACUCGUCGAGUAGCGAGCAAUUCUUCCGCGUCUGCCAGCACUGCAAAAACCUUCUGGAUGCGCGAGAAAGACUAAAAGCCCGGCACUUUGACAAACCAAUAGUUUAUCAGUUUUACGAAAAAAUGCAAGCUCAAAUAAAGGAGGCAAAUCGGUUUAUUGAAAUGUAUCACAAAAUGUGGAACUCAUUGAGCGAGGGUGAAUCGACGUAUGAUUUGCGCGACGCGCAGAUGGUCAGGGCAAAAAUCGCCAAGAUCGGUGACAACAUUGAUCUGAUUAGCAAGAGAAUAGCCACGCUUGUAAAUGUGGACGAGAACAGUUCGGCUUUGCUGAAGCAGGAGUACAGAUUGAAUCAAAUGGUGAGGACAUCAGCGAUGCUUUACUUGAAAAAUGAAUUGCUGAGGACACAACCGGUACCGACCGAAGAGGAGUAUGAAGCUAUAAAAAAAGAACGCCAAGAGAGAGUAAGAGCAAGGAUCGAGUACGAGAGACAGCUGGAACAGGAACAAAGGGAAAAGAAAUUAAAAGAAUCGCAGAGAGAUACACCGCAGAAGGCCUAUGAUCACAGUGCGAGAAAAAGUCCUACACUUUCUACAAAUCAACUGGUCUUAGAUCAAUCUCAGGGUUGGGGUACAUCAAACCGUCCGGGUGGAAACAUGAUGAUAUCGUCCACGUCAUUAGAUCCGUUUGUUGAACAAAUGAGUAAUCUUCGAUCUUACAUAAAACAGGCACGAGAAGAGUGCAAAUUUGAGGAAGUAGCUACUUUGGAAAAGAAUCUGAAAGAACUUCAAAGUGCCUACUUUACGAUGCAACAAAGUGAUACCAACAACUGACGACUGAACGGACCUUCAAAACUAACUUCUCUGCGAUAAAUAUGACACUACUAGGAUAUAAUUUCAAAUAAGUAUUCUCGUCGAUAGAUAAUGGAAGUCCUAUUGCCAUUAUUACUCAUACUAUUUUUAAAAUGCUUUUUUAUUUACAAAUAUUGCUAGACGUACAUCCAAACAUUGUUAUAUAAUAAAAGUUUAAUAAAUAAAAUACAUAUAACCGGUA